CAAUCGAUUUCUAAUCAGCGAAAUAGCAUGUCCUUACUACUGUAGGAGGAUAUGUUAUGUAUCAGUCAAGUUCGCUCCCUUGAGUUACACGUUUGUGGCACUUGAAAGCCGAAAAAUGACCCUUUUCUUCAAUCAAGAUUCCCUGCGCUAUGUUGAAACUGGUCUAGAGGACAAACAAAGAACUAUGUUCCUAAACGUGAAACCAGUCUAUCAGGAAGAUCUAGGUCGAGUUUCAAACGGGUUUAGUAACCAAAUAGGAUUUCCACCACCAAGCGGCCGACCGAAAGAGGCUUUUGGGCCAGGAAGUGAUCUGAAUAACAAAUCUGAUAUUAUCUACGAAAACACAAGCCCGAUAUUCAACGUGCUCCGCCUGCUAGGAGUAUGUCCUUUCACGAGACCUACGGCAGGAGUCACCCUGUUCGCUUGUGCUAGUCCUGCAGUGGUAUAUGGUGCACUGAUUAUGGUGUGUAUAACCAUCUACGCCACCUUCAUCAUGAUCCAUCGGAUUGAACUGGUUCGCACGUUGGAAGGUCGCUUCGAGGAGGCAGUCAUCGCGUAUCUAUUCAUCGUCAACAUCCUGCCACUACUGAUCAUUCCCAUGAUGUGGUACGAAACCCGCAAGGUGGCCACUCUCCUUAACAGUUGGGUCGAUUUCGAGGCCCUAUAUCGAAAAACGGCAGGUCACGACUUGGCGCUCGAACUCAAAACAAAGGGUCUCAUAAUUGCCAUUUUCCUGCCGAUGUUAUCGUGUGCUGCGGUGGCGAUCACUCAUGUUACGAUGGCUGAGUUUGAGGUAGCUCAGGUCAUUCUCUACUGCAUCCUGGAUACGUUGACCUACAUGAUGGGAGGAUAUUGGUAUAUGGCGUGUGAAAUUCUAAGUACAACAGCCAAAAUUCUUGCCGAGGAUUUUCAAAGGGCUCUACGACAUGUCGGUCCGGCUGCGAUGGUCUCGGAGUAUCGUUCGCUGUGGUUACGAUUGAGCAAACUGGCAAGGGACACCGGUUUUGCGACAUGUUACACUUUCGUAUUCAUCUGCCUGUAUCUGUUUUUCAUCAUUACACUGUCGAUCUAUGGGUUAUUGUCGCAAAUUUCGGAGGGAUUCGGAAUUAAGGACAUUGGUCUGGCCGUGACUGCCUUCUGCAGCAUUGGGUUUCUGUUUUUCAUUUGCGAUGAAGCUCACUACGCCUCGUUCAACGUCAGAACUAACUUUCAGAAGAAGCUGCUAAUGGUUGAGCUUAGCUGGAUGAACUCGGAUGCUCAAACGGAGAUCAACAUGUUUCUGCGGGCGACGGAGAUGAAUCCUUCUAGUAUCAACCUUGGUGGUUUUUUCGAUGUCAAUAGAACCUUGUUCAAAUCGCUUUUGGCUACCAUGGUAACAUAUCUGGUGGUACUGCUGCAGUUCCAGAUCAGUAUUCCAGACGAUCCGAGUGCGUUGUUGAUGAAAAAUUUUACUUCGCCCAAGUAAAAAAAAAUCUUUCUGCUAUAUCGCUAAAAUAUCUGAUAUAAAACAAUUCCUUGAUUGUAAUCUUUUUUCAGCUAAACUCAAUAAACGAAUAACGUUCUAAUUGAAACAA